UGUACACAGUGGGCUCCGCUCCGCGGCUCUCCGGCAGUAGUAAAGUCUGUAACGGUCGGCCCCUUCGCACACCGAGCCUCGUCCGAAAAGUUCCUAUAAGAGGACCUGUUUGACUCAAAUCCACGUCUUUUUUCAGUCUUCAUGACCGCGCGCUGAGCCGAAAACGCUUUUUAAUCCUUUUUUCUUUCUUCUUCUUAUUUUUUUUUUUUUUUUUUGCUCGUAUGAAACGAGCGAGAAAUGCCAGUGGAAAUGCUCCAUCCAAACCCGAUGCCUCCGUAGGUUUGUCCCCGAGCCAAACCGAUACGUUCGCGUUGACCUGUUGAGAGAGCCUGACCAGCGUCCGAGCCAGCGAUGUGGAUCUGCAUGGUUUACAAUGAGACGGACACCAGCGUGGACUUCCGGCUCUGCCAGGACUUCGGCCUCAUCCUGUCCAUCCUCUCCCUCAUCUACCUCCUGGUGUGCUUCCCACUGGGCCUCUGCUACAACGUGCUGCUGGUGGCGGUGAACCUCUCCAACAAGGUGUCCAUGACCAUGCCCGACGUCUACUUCGUCAACAUGGCCAUCGCGGGGCUGGUGCUGAACCUGGUGGCGCCCGUGGAGCUGCUCAGCUCCACCUUCACCCGCUGGCACGCGUGGGAAUACAACAACGAGGUCUACAUCACGCUGCUCAUCCUCUUCAACAUCUCGUCCCUGGUCAUCAUGUACUCCACCACGCUGCUCAGUCUGGACUACUACAUCGAGCGCGCGCUGCCCCGCACCUACAUGUCCAGCGUGUACAACACCAAGCACGUGUGCGGCUUCAUCUGGGGCGGCGCCGUCCUGACCAGCUUCUCCUCGCUGCUCUUCUACGUGUGCAACCACAUCUCGACCAAGAUGGUGGAGUGCUCCAAAAUGCAGAACAAGGAAGCGGCAGACGCCAUCAUGAUGUUCAUCGGCUACGUGGUUCCCGCCGUGGCGGUGCUUUAUGCGUUUGUGCUGAUCCUGCGCAUCAGGAAGGAGUCCACGCCCCUGGACCAGGACUCCGCCCGCCUGGACCCCUCGAUACACAGGCUGCUGCUGGCCUCGGUGUGUGUGCAGUUCGUGCUGUGGACGCCGUACUACAUGACCCUGCUGGUGCACACCGUGGCCGGCGCGCCGGGAUACAUCAGCAACGCACAUUACUUACCGACCUAUUACUUCCUGAGGUGCGUGUCGAAGCUGCUGGCUUUCUCCAGCAGCUUCGCCAUGCCUCUGAUGUACAGACAGAUGAACAAGAACUUCUCCAACAAGCUCCAGCGGCUGCUCAGGAGGCUGCACUGCAGAGACCAGUCCUGCCCUCAUGAACGCUCAACAGUGCAGCAAGUGGUGACGUGAGAGCUUCUCCUGAGAGAUGACAAACACCCCCCCCCCCCCCCAUUCUCUUUCCACCUCUCGGCCUAGCCAGCACUUAUCCCCACCCCUCCCCUCCCUCCCUUCCCCACCCCGCAGAGCCAGUAUCUGACCAGGAUCCCCUCGCUGCUCUGGACUGCGUUAAGAGCGACAUAGCUAACUGUGGAAUUUCCUGUCACCUUCCAGAACUUGAUCUGAUCUCUCCCGCUCUGCAGCGGGGAGGACAAACUGAGCGGGAAAAAAAAAAAAACCACUAAGUGCUGCUUUUUUGUCACUAAGUAAAGCUCUCCACAUGACACUUAGGCCUGCAGUUCAAGGGCGGUACAUUUGGCACAAUCUCUCAAUUACUACCCUGUGCAGUGUUUUCUCAGAGCUUCACACAGACAAUAACAACACGGCCUGUUAGUGAGGGACUUGAAGCGCCGGGCCACUGCUGGAGUGGGUGUGGCUCUGCAGACGGAGCGUGCACGCUCGGCUAAUGCACGGCUGCCUCGGCCUCUCUCCUCAGUGUGCGUGUGCCGCGGGGGGAACGUAUUUUUAAACCCUUUCCCCGAGCACACACACACACACACACACACACACACACACACACACACAGAGAACCAAUAAGCUAUAAACUUUAAUUGUUAUGUGAAGCCAAACGGAAAGUGUUUGGUAUAAGAAAAACACGCCGACGUUAACCUCCCAAAAAACAUCUUUUUGCUCUUCCAGUAAAUAUUCUUUCCUCAAACUAGAAGCGUUAUUCGUCAUGCUCUCUUUUAAACAGCAGUUUUUCAAAAGUGUAGGCCGGCUCACCUCAGAGAGCUUCAGCCUUUUUUUAGCCUUAUAUCCAGUUAAUUUGUGUGAAAGAUCGGUCAUUAAGGAAUAAUUGGUGGUUAAAAAUGUAGAUCUGAAUUCCUUCUAAGUGAAAUCAAGACAAAACUCUCCUUCCACACUUAAAAAAAAAAAAGAAACCUUGUAGUAAACGAUCGUCACAUUUUAAAGCCGUACAACAGUAAGAUCAGCCUCUUACACAAAACUGUAGCAAUUUGCUCUGCUGAUACCAGAACUACCUGUAGAAGACGAGUUCUCAUUCUCCUCGAUGAGAUUAUUGUCGUGUGUCAAGCUCCGCAUCAGAUACCUUCUAGUGAACGUCUAGACGUCCAGCUUCAGCUUCAUGGAACGCUCUCAAUAAAGCUCAUAUUCAGGGUUCAGACAUAACCGGUUUACCUCUUGUGAUCUCUGCUGAAAUCAAACCUUUUACCCAUAAACGCUUUGAAUCAACUGGAGCUGCCGCAGCAUAUCAGGGCCACAUUAAGCAAGAAAUAGAAGAUAAAUCUGUGAAUGAAUUGCAAGUAUGACAAAUAAAGAUAAUGUUAUGGACAUUUUUGACAUCGUUCAGCCGAAGGAGCGCCUCCUCUCUGUGUUUCCUGGUCCGACUGUGGCCUGUUAACGCCGCCGUCGCUGUGCUGGCCUCGCGCAGAUCCUCGCACGGGGUCAGAGGAGUCCACACGGGGUCGUGCAGAGGGCUCAGACGCGGCGGCAUGUACAUUCCCGAAAUUGUAGGAGUGGUUUAGAGGUUUUAGUGCAGUGGAAACACCGGGUCACUCCAGAGGCAUCGUCCCAAAAAAAAAAAAAAAAACGACUCGCUUAUCAAACGCCGGCA